AUGAAGAUCAUCGACCCCCAAAGCGCCGUCCUCACCAACAUCGAGGUCCUCGCAUAUAUAACCGCCAACCCGCCGCGACGACCCCCAAACCCACCCCCCAACUCGCGGAACUGGGUUCCUAGUCCUGAUCUCCGCGACCACAACACUGUCGUUCGAGAGAUCCACAACUACAUCCACCGUCUCUCCCCGCACAUCCUCAAAUACCCUGCCUACAUCCAUGGCGAACCACCGCAGUCGCAACAACAGCCUUCGGAGGCGGCGGCGCCCCCGACGUUACCGCCCGUUCAGCCGAGCACUCCCACUCCCCUCGACCUCGCGCUCCGCGAGCUAGUCACCAGGCUGAAGCCGUUUGGGCUGACAAAGGGGGAGGUGGUUAUGAUUGUGAAUCUGGGGGUAGGGCUGGAUCCAUCCUCUGGGGGGCCACGGGCUGGUGAGGAGGAAGGGGAGGGGGGAGAGCAGGAUGGGAUGGAGGUUGAUGAGGUGGAAGAAGGGAAUGACGGUGGGGAGGAGGCAGGCGGAGAAUCAGGGGGUGGGGGGUUGAGCGAGGAGGAUUACGGGGCGCUUGCGCUGCUGGAUACGGUGAUUGAGGAGCGGGAGGAGAGGUUAUCGGAGGACGAUGUGGCGCAAAUAUUGGCUAUCAUUCGGGAGACGUUAGGGUCGAAAGGGAAGACCGGGAGUGUAGGAUAG